GCAUGAUCCAUCGCACAAGCGCCCAUGCUUGAAUGGCCGCUCGGAGUCGGUGUCGAGCCCGAGUGCCGUGGCUCCGCCUCUCACACUGACUACACUUUGAGGCUCGUUCAACUGCGUCGGUUAUCUUGUUCAUCUUCCAGCUUGCUCGUCGUCGAUAGAACCUCAGGUAGCAGCUUGCUACUGCGCCUCUCCACCUGUCCCCACGUCGUCACCAGACGUCGACUCUCAACUCUAGCCCAGGAUGCUCGCCAGUGUCAAGCAGAAGGCCAUGAAGGCCAAGGAUUACAGUGUUGAGAAAGCUGCUCACACUCGGGACCAUAUGGUUAGCCAGCCGAGCAAGAAGAUUAACUGGGACCCAAACCAUAGGAAACCGCCACCACCGCCUGCUGUGAAGCCAAAGAACAGCGAACUCUAUGCUCCUCCGCCAUCCAGAACCUCUUCCACCACGAGCAAUGCAAGGAACACACCUUCCAGCCCUAGUUCACCUAGCGCCCCGGCACCUCCGCCCAUGAUCCGCAGGGUUUCUCGUCCUGACAGUGUCUCACCACCUGCUGCUCCGCCUCCUAUUCGUAGAGACACACGCCCAGACAGCGUCUCUCCUCCCCUUCCCCCGCCCCCAGUCCGAUCAGUCUCGAUCACAAGGGCUCCGGAGGCCGUUGACGAUGAGAAGCUUGACUGGGCGAACUUGUCGCCGGAGGACAAGCAAGUGUUCUUCAGCUGGCUUGACGAGUUCUUCGCCAAGUAUCUGAACCUGCCUGUGCCUCCAAGGAGUGUACAGGGAAUCAAGAAGGUCGUCGAAGAACCUGCUACUUCGUCUGUGGUGGCCCCUGCACCUAGAACCCCGUCAAGCGUCACAGCACCUUCGAUAUCGAAGUGGUCACGACCGGCCCAGCCAUCUCCUGCGCUCGCCGUCCCCGCAGACGACUUUACUAUGUCCUACCCUCCUCCUACGCAGUAUGGUUCAGCCUCCCUCGAUGUAGCAAUGCACUUUUCACCGUCCGCUCACUGGGAAGAUGCGUGGUUCAAGACCGCGAACAUGGGACUGGUACCUGGUCUGAAGGGCAGGACCGAUACGAGACAGGUCGCCACGAUAUCGCAACCCGAACCGUACACCGCGAUCUUCUCCGGCAGCGCGAUCUUUGCCGAUCUCAGCAUGGUGUGGUUCUCCGUUCAGUAUCCUCUCCAGGGCGAAAGCGACCCCAACGACACGCGCACCGUGCGCCGCGAAGCACGCUACCUCCCACGGCCCGCGCCUAUGGACCGCGCCGCGCUCGUCGAGGCGCACGAGACGUACGGCGAGACCAUCGCCUCGUUCGCGGAGAGCUUCGUGGAAGCGGGCGAGUACUGCGCACGCGGGGAGUGCUGGGACCUAGCCGCGAAGGCCAUCGCGUGCUUCGAGCAGUACGACUACGUGCCCGCGCCGAUCCCGAGCACACAGCGCACGCACGGGCACCUUAUCUUCGAGGGGAAGGCGAUGGGCAAGAGCAACCAGGUCGGGCGCUGGCGCGGCGGCGACGACCGUGUGCGCCGGGGCGACAUCGUCGAGUGGCGCAAGGUGCGGUUCGUCGUCAGCAACGGCCGCACGACGUACACGCAGUGGAUGGGCAACCCAGAUCAUACCGCGGUCAUCGUGAGCGACGCAGUGCCGUCUGUGCAGGUAGCGGACGGGCAGUUCAUGAAGCCGGCGGACCUGGGCACGCUGGAGGUGGUCGAACAGAGCGUGAGCACAGACAUCAAGCCAAAGCGCAAUCAAUGCGUCAUGAGCGGUUUCGAGGAGGGGGAAAUUUGGAUUUAUCGGCCGGUGAGUAUGCAGGCGUACAUUGGCUGUACCUUGCAGGCCGAAUGUCCGGAAGGGAUCAAUGCGCUGAGGAUAUGAUACGGGAGAGUGCGUAGGAUCUGUUUUUGCUGCUGCUAUUGAUUUAUAUGUAUCUAUGUAAUACAAGGAUCGACUGUCGGGCUACGUUUACUCCAUCGCCGCCAGCGAAUCUGUUGAAUGUGACCGUCGCUGUCGCCUGCGGAAUAUGCGUGUCAUGAGCCUCUGCCGUUGGACCAGACAUCACAGACAACACAUACCUUGCAGCUAUGCUAUGUGCCG